AAAAAAUUCAUACCCAAAUCACGCGGGAAUUUCAAACCAUUGCUGAGUUCCCUUGGUCCCUGAUGGUCCCGCGCGCUGUCCCUCCCCCCACCCCACGCGGCCGGGAGAGUGGGUCUGUUUCCCGCGUGCAACUGUCCGUUUCGUGCCAAUAUCCUGUUGCUUCUCAACUUCAGCGAAUGGCUACUGUAGCCCCCCAGUCGAUACUAUUCUGUUACUUGUCUUAAACGCUGAGGAGUUCUGUAUUUGAGUUUGUUUUGGCCCCUCUUCACCCUCCCUGUUUCUCUUGCUCAAGCUGCUGUGAUUAUUGUGAGUCGUUAUGCUUCUCUUGUGUGGCACGUAGCGUGAGUGUCGUGCUGGCCACCUUGCCUGCUUGCUGUCUCAGGUGGAGCUCUGGCCCUAAGUCCGGUAGUUACCUUCUAUUGAUCACCAGCCUGUUUUUCAUUCACUGCACGUAGCAGCUAAACGAUGUCAAUGUUCUAAAUUUUUUUCCCUCGUGAAUAGAGAUAGCAGUCUCAUGUGUCUCCUUUUACAAGUCAGUGUUAUUUUUUCAAGUAAUUAAGAGUAAUGACUGUGAAUAAAUAGCCCCUCGCCCACUCAGUCCUCUUCAUCCUGACUUCAGUUGCUGCGAUUAGGCAGGCAAGCGUUGGGGUGGCUGACUCGCGCCGCCAACCAGCGGACACAACUCGGGAGGGGUACGGUAGGCCGCCUAGCCCGUGUGGCUAAUGCCUCACCAUGGGCGUGUUAACGUGAGUGGAGGUGAAGGUUCUGCAGUUUGUCUUCCUUACUCUAAAGUAUGAGAGCUCUUGUCUUCAGAGCCACGUUCAUCUCCAUUAUGGAAGGCCUGUAUUGGUUGGCCAUUGGGAUGCGGGUCCUGCCAGACUCACUAAGCCCAUUUAAUAAGCUUACAUCUUCAGGGCUUAUUAUCUAUUUGUUAUUAGUCCGUUAUCAGCUGUUAACAAGUGUCACUGCAUAUCAUUACAGUGAUAGACACAGCGAAACACCACGUCAUAAGAAUAGGAAUCUUAAUGCGACAAGCAGAGACGAGGAAUGAGGAAGGCCAAAGCUGUGUAAAUAAAUUUCCUCCUUGAUUCGUCAGACAUUUAUUUCAUAAAUUUAAUCAGAUCUCGAAACUUUGCUCACUGAUGCUUCCAACAGAAACUUUAAGAAAACAAUAUAUAUAUAUAUUUUUUUCUAACUGAUCAGAACUCCUCAGCCACGACUGGGUGCAGGAGCACACACCGGCACAGUGCUGUCUGCUGUCCCUUGCGGUGAACAAGGCCUUUGUUGUAGAGACUCAUUCAGCUUGAUCCAGGACGACAGCGGCAACUGGUGGUGACUCGUGUGUUACGGUGCAGGGACGAGUGAGUGUGCGUAGGGUGUGGCGGGGCGGGGCGGGGCGGGGCUGAGGUAGGGAAAGGGCCGGUAUGGGGAGCCUUCAGAGUAACCACUGUCACUGCAGGGGGAAUUGUUUAGUCCAUUGCUGAAUAUUCGUCAAUGAAGAUGAUUCCUAACAAGAGAAAACGAUGCAUUGUAUUCAAGAGCUGCCUUAACACACCUAGGACCAGGUAAGGACAUCUUCAGUGACGGCUUCGCGUCCCCCGUGGAGCCUGAGAUGGAUCCUUACCGCAGUCCCUACAUGAAUGACUACCAUUCCCACCCAUCACUGGGCCGCUCCCCGGGAGGCAGCGUGAGUCCCCCGCGCCACUCCCAGGGACGGCCUUCCCGCAGCUCCUCCCCAGUGUCUCGCCAGCACUACAGCACACCUGGCCGAGGGUCACCCAUGGGUCGCUCGUCGAGGGAAGACAGGGGGUCGCCGCCGCACCACGACUACAACAGCCGCUCCGCUCCGCACUCCUCAGAGUCUCACUCCUACAGGAGGGGGGACACCUCGCCGCCAUACUAUCGCAGAAGCCUACCAGUCCAGCACGAAGAGAACGGAGGCGCUCCAAGGAGGUCAAAGGCCGGGGUGCCGCGGCCCACCAAGGUGAAGCGCUUCCUCCUCACUCGUGAUCCCAAGGACCGCAGGAUAUCGGGAAACGGUCUCGGCAUGAAGGUAGUGGGAGGGAAGGAGAUUCCUGGUACUCGUGGGCGGCUCGGGGCUUACAUCGCCCGCCUGCAUCCUGGGGGCGUGGCCGAAUCUCUGGGGCAGCUCAAGGAGGGAGACUUGCUGCUGGAGUGGAACGGUGUGUCGCUGGUGGACAGGACGUAUGAGGAGGUACAGAGCAUCGUGACGCAGUCUGUGGACGACCUGGAGGUGGAGAUAGUAGUGCGCAGUGACAUCAACAUGAUCACCGGGGAGCGACUGACUGGCGAGAAAUGGCAAGGCCGGGAGAGGGAGCGGGGAGUGUCAGCCUCCUCCACUAACAACUCCAGCCACCACGCCAGCCCUCAGCGUCGCUCUGAUCCGCCGAUAGACGAUCCACUCGACAUCAACGGGAAUCGGUCGAGUUCCGAAGGUCCUCUAAAUGACACAACAGGAAGCAACUCCCAAGAGACAGUCUUCGGCAAUGACAGUCACGGGUAUGAGAGGGAGCGAGACGGGGCUAGACGCGAGGUCCUUGAAGACUCAUCCCAUCCAGCCAGUCCCCGCGCCCGCUCCUCCUCCAGGCCCCGCUACUCCAGCAACAGCCCCGACGCCAGACCCCGGCACCCGAGCAGCCCCGGAGCAGAGAGGCCGACCAACCGUGACCUUCGACGCAUUAACGAUGCUGAGACGUCCGGCGAGGGUGCCCCCCUGUCUGACCGAGGCUCGCCAAUUCCCCACACCCCGAGGGAGAGACGCCCCCACAAUGCCAGAAGUAGAGUCCCUCCCGACACAGCGUCUAGGGAGAUCACAGCCGAGGGCGGGAGGGCCAGCUCUGAAAGAUCAGCCCGACACCGUAGCAGCUCAGCAGGCGGCGGUCGGCGGCUGCCAGAUCCAAGGCAAACCAAGGGACCGACGACAGCAGUGGCGGCGGCGGCGACACCGACAACGAGAAAUCAAGAGCAGCCGAUGGGAGAAGUGCAGCUGCAGGUGUGCUACGACUCCCAGGCUGGCAUCCUGUACGUGACGGUGCUGCGCGCACGCGGCCUCCACACGGUGCGCGAGGACGGUGAUACCCGCCCGGACCCCUUCAUAAAGGUGUACCUCCUGCCUGGCCGCAGCGUGGAGAACCAGCGGCGGACGCGUUACUUCUCCCUGACCAGCAAACCUGAGUGGAACCAAACCAUGGUGUACCCCAACUUGCAGCCCGCAGAUCUCGCCAAGCGCCACCUGGAGGUCACCGCUUGGAACUAUCAGCCAGACAGACCCAACGAGUUCCUGGGCGAGGUUGUGUUGGACCUAUCUGAGCUCGGCCUGAUGGACGAGGAGCUCCGGUGGUAUCAGCUGCAGGAGUUAGACCGCGAGGACCUUCCCGAACACUUACCAGAAUGAGAGGCUGGCGAAAGUGAGCGGCGGGGGACGUCAGCGCGGCCUUCACGAUCCCACGGCACCUCUCUCUCCUGUUUGAAUGUCAAUGCCUGCAAGAAGGGAACUGAAUAUACAUGCUCUAGAAUGGUGCUUCUUUACACUUGCAGGUGAAGAUGUGGUGGAUUGAAGGUGCACUGUAACUACUGUUUGGAAUAAAAGCUACUGUGUCACCCACACUUAGGAAAGGUGUAGUAAAGACUGGAAAUGUUUAAACAAUAUCGUGUACAGUGACAUGGCUGAAAGGUAAAAAGGUGUUCGUGUACAGGUAGAGGUUCUUGUUAAGCAUUCUCCUUCCUUCACCUGCAUACACGUGUGGUGCUGCAAGGUUCCCUCAAGACUGCACCUGCCGUCGCUGUCACCAUUCCUCAAGCGCCGCCCUGCCCCAGCCUCGUGGCCCCAACGGAGCCGUGAGUGCGUUUACCAGGCGGCUGCUUUGUGUCUCCCCCACCAGUCCGACCCUCACUCGGCCCGUCAUGACAGUUGCUCGUCGAGGGAGUACAUCCCACCCUUAAGUUCAUUCAUACAGAGAUGUUGAAUACUGUUAAAUGUUCAGAGGCUCGUGAUGUUUGCUUUUGGCCACACUGUGACUCACUGUGUUGGGGAUCAAAGUGGCGGAACCCCACGGCCGCCUCUUCCCGCCCAUCCUUCCCACCCCCGGUUAGGACUUAUGGUGGUGGACGGCAGUGGGCACCACCACUUGCCUCACCGCCCCUGGCCGAGUGUUCUCCAUAACCUGCCUGCGAAGCUUUACGAAUUAGAUCAUUCCGCUCUUAGAGGAAAUGAAUUGUACAAACUUUUUAUGUUUCCGGAAUGAUCAUGUAGCAGGAAAACCCCAUCAGUGGUUUAUAUGCUUGAUAUUAUAUAUAGAAAUUAAUACAAUCUAUUGAAGGAGCAUGUCAAUUAAUGUUGAAGCUGUUUGGAGUUUAAGUGUGCGAGAAACUUGUGGUAGUUGUCAAGAAAGUGUUUUGUCGGGCCUGUGGCCACAACAACACUGAGUCAGGUGGUGUUUUUUCCUUGUCCAAAUGAAUGGCGCAACAGAACCUUGUGGCCGUUGGAAACACUUGUCAGUCAGUCGGUCAGUUACAGCUUCUCGCUCGUCUUAGUUUUAAGCCUUGGAUUAUUUUGCGUCAGACUCAGGUUAACGUGUAACCCGCCAGCCGCCAGUACACGCCCAUCUAGAGCGGUGUGUGUGGUGUGUGCCUCCCAUGCAUCCUGUGGAGACAAACUAACGAGGCGCCAGUGUCGUGGCGGUCACCCUGGUGGUGGCCUCACUCAGCUAGGCGGGGCAGCUCAGGGCAGGUACACGGCCCACCACACCUGGCUCACCUGUCCUAGACACCAGCCUAUGUACGUGGCAGGUGCACCUAACGGGAUCAUUAUGAUAGAUAAAUGCAUUUGUGAGCAUUGGUCAUAACUUGAUAGGAUUGUGGAAUGUCUUGGAAACGUUAGGAAUGCUAUGCCACACUCGUAUAGGGAAUGAGCGGUUUCAAUAAGAAUUUUAGCCUUUCUCAGUACUCACUCUCUCUCUCUCUCUCUCUCUCUCUCUCUCUCUCUCUCUCUCUCUCUCUCUCUCUCUCUCUCUCUCUCUCUCUCUCUCUCUCUCUCUCUCUCUCUCUCUCUCUCUCUCUCUCACACACACACACACACACACACACACACACACACACACACAAGAUAAGAGCAAUUUGCAAUACAUUCCCUUUACAUCUCUCGACGCAGCAUUCCUGACCAUUGCAAGUGUUGUCACAACCUACACAUCGUAUGAGUAAUGCUCUGAAGUAUUGUGUGUGAGAAUGUACUUGGUGUGCCUCAUAUACCUUGUGUGUUGUAGUGAGGUGUAUGUGCGUGGUGAUGAUGUAGGGUCUUGGUGUAGCCUUGUUAAUGUAAAGGGAGCGGGUACGAGCCUCGCCUCACCUUUCUGACACAAAGAGGGAAGUCAGAAGAUUAUUAUAUAUAUGUAUAUGUAUUGCCACCUUCCCUAAACUGAUAGCAAAACCAGUAAGCAUUAUAUGAACCAUGUAAGGCUUUGUGCUGUGUAAUCCGUGUUAUUCUUGUGUUAAUAAUCAAAAUUUAGUGUGAGAGUGUGUGGUGCACGUGUGUGUUCCCUUCUCCUUGAGUGUCCUCGGUGUCCAACUCACUCGUUGCCUAAUAUCACAGGAGACUGAAUUUUGAUGUUUUGUUCACGCAGGUUCACGGAUUUGAGUAAGGUGGUGGACCUCAGGUGCUGAACAUGUGGUCGUGCGAGGUGUUCAGUCAACGUAACAGUGUAUGUGGUUGACAAGUUGUAUAUUUUGUCUGAGGCGGAGAGGCAGCAGCAGCUCAUCUGUGAGAGACCAGCAAACCUUCCUCCCGCGAGACAAAUGGUCCAGAACGUGCUGCUUGAUGACAAGGCACACAUCACUCACAUCACGUUUUCUGUGCUGAACGUUGCAGCCGCCAGCCACCUUAUUUGUAGUAUUGCGUGGUGUGCGGUGGAUUGUUACUGGGAGAAUCUUUUGUAGGAUAGUCGACUACUUUUACCUUGUUCCUGGUGUGAAAUUUAAUUCUUUGAGUCGAGUUAGUUGCAUUUUGUAUGAGUUCAGUAACUCCGUGGUUGUGUUCGUUAUGGUUGUGUUUGCAAUACUGCUUCACUUUUGGUAGUUUGGUGCCGCGGGAGUGAGAGGCGAGACUGGGCAUAUCUGUAACAAAGUCAAGGCCCAUCACUACCUCGUCACGUGCUUGGUUUUGGUGUGGUACUCUGUGGUGGCUUUCCUUUACGUUCUAAGGUCACUCCGUGUCCUCUCCUUUGUGUCAAAGUCCUGUGAUGGUGACAGACUUUGUCGAGAUUUUGUCCAUGAUCACCUUGCUAAUCUUUCGUGGCAAGUCCUGUUCCCUGUCUUCCAUGGUCGGUGCGGCGUCGUCCUGGAGUGUCUGAGGAGUAAAUACCACAUUGUUAUCUCACGCACAGCGAGCCUCGGCCUCCAGGGUGAACACCUCAGGCUGCCGGCGCGGCCGUGGUCCACUCACAUGCCAAGGUGUCCACUGCCUCCCUGGAAGUGUUUGUCUCACGCCCCCCCCCCAAAAAAAAAAAAAAAAAAAAAAUUACAAGACAGAUUUCAGGGACAGUUUUCUUCCGGUAUGAUUCCUAUCUUUCACUUCAUAGUAAUCAAAGUGUGUGUUGUCUUAGCUUGUCCCGUAAAUAUGUUGUGAUUUGGUAGUUACUCGUCUUAGUUGGUUUGUGUUGCUUUGCCAGGAAUAAAGCAAUACAUUUUGCUAUAGCAAGUUAUUUAUGUAAUUUCUCGGCUACUACGUAGCAGUAUGAACAUUCCCCAGCGGCGCCUGGCAGCGGGGAGCUGUCUGAUAAGACGAUAGAACCAUGUCGGACAUGAAGGUCUUGCCUCUCCAGCAGGGACUCACCGAGACCCUUAUGAAUGUGCGACACGUGGCUGAAACGAUGGAGGAACUACCGAGGCAUGCGUUCAUGAAAUAUAAUGCAAGGAUUGGGCGUUAUUUAUUUUUAUGUGUCAGAAACAUUGGCUAUGGAAAACAAGAAAAAAAAAAUAACCUGAUCAAAUGCCAUUCCCAAAAAGAAAAUAAGAGUAGAAAAAGUUGAGAGAAAAAGCUAAUCAGUUUUCCUGAUGUGUCUUGACACUUUUUCUCUUGAAAGAGUUCAAGUCGUAAGCUGGAGGAAAUAAAAAAAAAAAAAAAAACAGAUAAAGGACCAGAGUUUGUUCCCACUUUGUACCCACACAUGAGGAGAUUCAACUCACACAAUCCUCCUAAAUAUAAUGAAGCCAGAAGCUUUACUUCUCAUCGAUUCUUUCCCUAUAGCUGGCUGUCUAGAUUUUCACAGCUGCGAUGCUGCAAUGUCCCUACUGUCUUCGACCUUCGUUAAAUUUUCUGAACAUGCUAAAUGCAUGCCUCGCCUCCUCCCACUGUGUCGCUGCACAAGACUUUCUACUUAUUCCCACCCCUAUGUAUUCUGUCCACUUUACUAAUGCUAGAAUUAAUCAAUAUCUUUGCUCUUUUAUUCCUUUUUUUUGUAUAUUUUGAAACUUUUUUUUUUAUUAUUUCCACUUGACUCUGACUUGAAGGGUUUUAUGAGAGAAGUGUCAAGACACUCCAAGAACUAAAGUGACCAUCUCUCUCAUCCUGUUUCUUUUUGGGAACGGCACUGUGACCCGGUUUUUUUUAUUCAUCCUUUUGCACUUAUAUAUAUAUAUAUAUAUAUAUAUAUAUAUAUAUAUAUAUAUAUAUAUAUAUAUAUAUAUAUUACACUUACACACACACACACACACACACACACACACACACACAAACACACACGAUAAUGUAGUAAGUAACAUGCACAGCGUACCGUGGUUCCAGAAUUUAUUUUUACCUUCAUUAAAAACAGUGAUUCUCGUUGUAUGAUUUGAUGUUUUCUGUGAGUUACUUUCCCAGGCGGGAGUGCCACGCUUCUCUCGCGCCGCCCGGGCACACCCAGGCGGCGGGCGGCUCCGGUGCUCCAUUCUCACUUCACAAAUGUUUCAUCAUUAUACACGCGACUGUUACCUUCUGCCUUCAUGAAUUAAGUGUAUAGAGUUAAUGUUAAUGUAAAUCACAGUUUCAGCAGACAACACAGUGCUGGUGGUGAUGUUGAUAGUACACGUAGUGUGGUAGAAAUUUUAUGUCAAACUACAUUACAUAGGUGUGCACGUUAGUAGUUCCCCAGGAAUUGUUACCUGUAUUUUGGGGCGAGCCCACAUGUGGCAGCCCGACCCUCUUCAGCAGCCCUCCGCCAGACAGCGAGGCCAAGUACACAAGCUCCCUCUGUCGGCUUCCGUCUGGACUCACAAAUUCUGUCUGUCACGCAUUACCCCUGCCAGAACCGGCUGCCUGAGUGCCACGCACAGGCGAAGACAAAGUGAGCUGCAGUGGACACUUGUCUUUUCCUUCGUCUUUACCCUUUCGAAUUCUCCCACAGAUGAGACACAUUUGCUGUGCAAUGGAUGACUGAAUGCGCGACACGAAACAUACGUAUGUAAAUGUUAGUUCUCAGGUUCCCCGAUACACGUUUCCUACGCCUUUGCCUUGCCUUGCCCUACCUCCUUGUCGCUCAGUCCUCGACAGCCUUACACCUCCUUGGUGACCAGGCCAUGCACCACCCACCCACAGCGAACCAGGCUUUGUGCUGCUAACACACACACACACACACACACACACACACACACACACAGACAAGAAGAGGGGUUACAGUAACCACUAUUAACACAGAAAUUAAUGUUAUAAAAAGGAAUCAGUUGGUCAUAUAUUUCUAUGUGAUAUACAAGGUUCGAUCCUGCUGCCUUCCUGCUACUUAACAUGGCUUGCUCUUGGAGGCAACGAGAAAGGGAUCUAUCUACGUAGCUGCGCCGUUGCUAGCAAUGUUCGAUCCACCUUCUGCAUUACUGCCGCACGCCCACCUCUUCCCUUCCUUGACUGGUGGAAGUUUGUGAAAAAAAUAUUGAUAAUUAGACGCGUGAGGCAACUUGAAGCUCUCGGAAAGAAAAGCUAUUAAUACUCUUGUCUCCUUUCUUACGCAGCCUUUCCCUUGUGGCUUAGUGGUAAACCGUUGUGCUUGAAUCCUGCUCGUUUUUUAAUAAUUUCAGCUCAUGUGCAUGAAAUUAUGGGAGAGCUCAUGAGUAACUAAGCCUAAGGCAGGUCUUACGUCACACUUGAUCUCCGUUUUCUAUGACGUGUAUUAGAGAAAACUUCUAUGAGGGCUAUCGUUUUUCCCCUCACGCUCUCACCUUCCUGUCACUCUAUUAUCACUCAUCGUCAGUCGGCAGAUGGGAAAUGCAGUAGCGGCCAUAUUGUUAGAGUGAAAGGAAGGACAUCAGUGCUUAGAGAGCUGUUCCUUCCCUUCUCAAGAAAGUUGCAGGACGACCAACACCAUUCCAACAUUAUCGUGCCUCCAGCAGCCAACAGUGUUUAUCUCUUGCUGUCCCAUCUAUAUAUAUAUAUAUAUAUAUAUAUAUAUAUAUAUAUAUAUAUAUAUAUAUAUAUAUAUAUAUAUAUAUAUAUAUAUAUAUAUAUAUAUAUCCUUUAUUUUUUUUGUUUGCUACGUGAUCAUCAUAUUGAAAUACUGUGGAAGACACGAAAUCCUUUGAAUGCCUUACUAGGGAAUUGGCUGCCCUGGCAGUGGGUGGAGCCGAGCUGGGGUGAAGCAGAGUUGUGAGGUUUUACUAUACUGUACACGGCCGUCAUUGUACCGUUGCUGUUAAAACCCUCAUACAGAUCAAUGAAAAUAAUAAAUACUUCACGCAUGA